AUGGCCAUCUUCAAGAAACAGUCGCUGAAAAUCAGCGACAAAGAGAGGACAAACGCGGCGGAAAUAACACUCAGACAAUCCGUAUAUCCACUAUGUCUAGUCACAAUUCUAUUCUUCCUCUGGGGCUUCUCCUACGGCCUCCUCGAUACAUUGAAUAAGCAUUUCCAAAACACUCUGGGAAUAACCGUAGCUAGGUCGUCAGGACUCCAAGCAGCUUAUUUUGGUGCCUACCCACUCGCUUCACUUGGCCAUGCGAAUUGGAUCCUGCGACACUAUGGAUUCAAGCCUGUAUUUAUCUGGGGCCUUUGCCUGUACGGUGUUGGAGCACUGAUUGCCUGGCCUUGUAUUCUCCAUCGAUCGUUUGGGGGGUUUUGCGCUGCAAUUUUUAUUAUUGGAAAUGGCUUGGGCGCUCUUGAAACGGCCGCAAACCCUUAUAUUACAGUUUGCGGCCCUCCAAGAUAUGCCGAGAUGCGAAUCAACCUUGCGCAAGCUCUCAACGGAGUCGGAACAGUCGUUGCUCCCGUCUUGGGCUCUUAUGUAUUCUUUCUAAAGACUGACGAUGACCCAAAAGCUCUGGAAAAUGUACAAUGGGUAUAUCUCGCCAUCGCUUGUUUUGUAUUCCUCCUCGCCGUCGUUUUCUACUUUUCUCCAAUCCCUGAGAUUACCGAUGCAGAUAUGGCAUUUCAAGCUGAGGAAACACAUGCAAGUUCUGAUGAUAAACCGUUCUGGAAGCAAUACCGACUUUUCCAUGCUGCAUUUGCGCAAUUCUGCUAUACUGGCGCCCAAAUAGCUAUAGCAUCCUACUUUAUAAACUACGUUACCCAAACUCGCCCUAACACCUCCAACUCUCUAGGAGCAAAAUUCCUAGCCGGCGCCCAAGGUGGCUUUGCACUCGGUCGGUUCAUCGGUGUAUUCCUCAUGAAAUUCAUACGCCCGCGCUGGGUCUUCCUCGCCUACCUCACACUGUGCAUCGUCUUCAUCGCGCCCAGCAUAACACAGGGAGGUGACAUCGGCAUGUCAAUGCUGUUCAUCACUCUAUUCUUCGAGAGCAUAUGCUUCCCCACCAUCGUCGCGCUGGGAAUGCGUGGGCUAGGAAAACACACGAAACGGGGAUCGGGAUGGAUUGUUGGUGGUGUAGCCGGAGGAGCUUGUGUCCCUGCAUUAUUAGGAGGCGUUGCGGAUCUUCACAAGUCAAUGUCAAUCGCGAUGACAGUCCCAUUGGCGUUUUUCGUUGCGGCUUGGUCGUAUGCACUUUGUGUGAAUUUCGUGCCGGCCUAUAGGGAUCCGGCGGAUAAGUUCACGACUACUAGUAUUGGAAUAGAGAGCGAGAUGAUGAAGAAGGACGAGGAGACUGGGGAUACGGGAGAUUUGACGGUGGAGAAGAAUGGGACGGAGAAAAUAGAGGACCGUGGCAUGACUCCUGAGAUACUGCCUAACAAAUAA